CGGGCGCGGCGUGGGUAGAGCCGAGGCGGCGGCGGCCGGCCUCCGGGAGCGAGAGCGAGGCGCCUUCCCCGCCCGGGAUGUGAGCGCCGCGCGGAGCCCGGGGCGGGGGAGGGCCGGGCCGGAGGCGCAGCCGGCAGGAAGGAAGGACGGACGGACCAGGAGGAGGAGCGGCGGCGGCGGCCGGAGCCGGAAGGCGGGGAGGGGCCGGCCGUUGGGCCGGAGGCGGCGGCAGUAGCCGCGGCGGCUGGGGAGAAGCGCUCUCGUCGCCUGCCCGAGUCCGGAGCGGCGGGGCCCGCGCCUCCUCCCCCCAGCGCCGCGGAGGGGGGAGGAGGAAGAUGGAGACCCACAUCUCAUGCCUGUUCCCGGAGCUGCUGGCCAUGAUCUUCGGCUACCUGGACGUCCGGGACAAGGGGCGCGCGGCGCAGGUGUGCACGGCCUGGCGGGACGCCGCCUACCACAAGUCGGUGUGGCGGGGGGUGGAGGCCAAGCUGCACCUGCGCCGGGCCAACCCGUCGCUGUUCCCCAGCCUGCAGGCCCGGGGCAUCCGCCGCGUGCAGAUCCUGAGCCUCCGCCGCAGCCUCAGCUACGUGAUCCAGGGCAUGGCCAACAUCGAGAGCCUCAACCUCAGCGGCUGCUACAACCUCACCGACAACGGGCUGGGCCACGCGUUUGUGCAGGAGAUCGGCUCCCUGCGCGCUCUCAACCUGAGCCUCUGCAAGCAGAUCACUGACAGCAGCCUGGGCCGCAUAGCCCAGUAUCUGAAGGGCCUGGAGGUGCUGGAGCUGGGGGGUUGCAGCAACAUCACCAACACUGGCCUUUUGCUCAUCGCCUGGGGUCUGCAGCGCCUCAAGAGCCUUAACCUCCGCAGCUGCCGCCACCUCUCGGAUGUUGGCAUCGGGCACCUGGCCGGCAUGACGCGCAGCGCUGCGGAGGGCUGCCUGGGCCUGGAGCAGCUCACGCUACAGGACUGCCAGAAGCUCACAGAUCUUUCUCUAAAGCACAUCUCCCGAGGGCUGACGGGCCUGAGGCUCCUCAACCUCAGCUUCUGUGGGGGCAUCUCGGACGCUGGCCUCCUGCACCUGUCGCACAUGGGCAGCCUGCGCAGCCUCAACCUGCGCUCCUGUGACAACAUCAGUGACACGGGCAUCAUGCAUCUGGCCAUGGGCAGCCUGCGCCUCUCGGGGCUGGAUGUGUCGUUCUGUGACAAGGUGGGAGACCAGAGUCUGGCUUACAUAGCCCAAGGGCUGGAUGGCCUCAAGUCUCUCUCUCUCUGCUCCUGCCACAUCAGUGAUGAUGGCAUCAACCGCAUGGUGCGGCAGAUGCACGGGCUGCGCACGCUCAACAUUGGACAGUGUGUGCGCAUCACGGACAAGGGCCUGGAGCUGAUCGCUGAGCACCUGAGCCAGCUCACCGGCAUAGACCUGUACGGCUGCACCCGAAUCACCAAGCGCGGCCUGGAGCGCAUCACGCAGCUGCCCUGCCUCAAGGUACUCAACCUGGGACUCUGGCAGAUGACGGACAGUGAGAAGGUCAGGAGGCACGAGGGGAUUUUUCUCCAUUAUUCACUGUGAGAACUCGGGGAAGCUCCAGAAGGUGAGGGAGAGGGGACAACGACGUGGUUCCUGUGGAUCUUUAACUUGCCCGCUCUGAGCCUCCGGCACUUUGGCGAUGACAGCUCAGGUUUCCCCGCCUCGGCACUGCUCCUGCAGAGGCUGCUGCCCAGGGCUUCCACUCCGGUACCUUGCGAAGCUGCAUUCUCCUGCCGGUUUCUCCAGUUUUGGGGACUGUGGUUUACUCUGAGACCUUAUGGAUCCAAGGAGACUUGCUUUUUCAGUUUGUUCAGCUUUUUACUUGUUAGGAUGGAAUAGCAAUUUGCAAGCUUCUUCGACAGGAAACUAGAAGUUCCACACUUAAAUUUUAUACAUACAAAUAUAUACAUGUGUACAUAUAUAUAUGUGUAGGGGUAUUGUAUAUAUACACACAAAAUGAUGACAUGUAUAAUGAUGAUAUGUAUUACUGAGAACGUAAAAUAUAAUUACAUAGUGAUAGCUGGACACACAAGGAAUUCACAACUCCCCAAAGAAAAUACAUCUGGAUGACCUGGCUAGCAAUUUCCCUGUGAGAUAGACGAAUGUCUCCGUAUUUCAUUCCCUGUUCCUGCCCUGAAACAAUUUCAAUCACUUGACAAAUCAUUAUCAUUCAUUAAUAAUGUUUACUGAGUGCCCAUAUGUGAAAGAAAUCCACUAUACAUUCCACAGAUGCAUUUCUUCUCCCCAUGGGGUUUCCAUUUUAAUGGGAACAAUGUAGAAUAUAUCUGUCUUCCCUUUAUA